AUGUCCCCGAAACCAGCCAAUGCCGCCCUCGCCUGUUUUUUCUUUCCUUUCCUUUCCCUCACUCCUAGAUGCUGGUACGGCAACUCCCUGCUCUGCAUCGGCUGGGCGAACACGCUGCUCACCGUCCGUUUGAACUACAAAAGCACAGCGGCGAACACGAAGGUCUGGUACGGCGAGGCGGGGCCGCUUCUGCCUUUGGAUUACUGGGUCGUCGGUCUGGGCAUCUACGACGAUUCCCACCUCACCGUGCUCAGCUACUACCCCUCCGAGGACGGGCAGCCCCUCCCUCCCGCGGUGAACGUCGUGUCCUUGCAGACCGGCGAGUCCCUAUCCGAGGAGUGUCUCCCGAUCCGCGGUUAUGAGGGCUAUUCGGCGCAGGACUACGCGCUGGAGCGCAACAGCACGACGCCGAGCUCCGCGGCGCAGCCGCUGUAUCUGCUGUCCCCGCGGUCGGUGGUGAAGAUUCUGCCGCGGUCGGUGCAGGACCACAUCGACUGGGCGCUGGAGCACGACGAGUACGAGCGAGCCAUCGCGAUCGCGAGCGACCGUGCGAACGGGUUCUCGGCGGAGCACAUCACGGCGCUGCGCGAGAAGCACUUGGAGCAUCUCUUCGCGAUCGACGCGAUCGAGAAGGCCGCGCAGCUCUGCCCCGCCUAUCUGGGGAAGGACGCGAAGCUCUGGGAGCGCUGGAUCGCGCGGUUCAACGGGAACAACAAGCUGCAGGUGCUGCUGCCACACAUUCCGCUGGCGGACCCGCGGCUGCCGCUGCCGGUGUACACGCUGAUCCUGAACUACUUCCUGUACAACGACGUGCGGUCGUUCUUGUCGCUGCUGCGCACGUGGCCGCGGCCGCAGGGCGACGGGAACGACCUGUACGACCCGAAGCAGCUGCUGCAUCUGCUAGAAGGGAUGGUGAAGAGCCAGAAGGCGCAGCGCGGCGCGAAGAACAACCCGUUCCUGCUGGAGGCGCUGGCGGAGCUGUACGCGAUGACGGGAGCGAUGGAGCAGGCGGUGGACGUGUACCUCGAGAACGGGCUGCAGAACGUGGAGAACUGCUCGUUCUUCCGGUGGGUGGAGGAGAACGGGCUGGUGAAGCACGUGAAGGACAAGGCGCUGCAGCUGUUCCGGCUCAACGUGCAGCAAGCGUCGGUGCUGCUGGUGGAGCACAUGAACGAAGUGAAUCCGAACGACGUCGUGCAGCAGCUGAGCAGCGAGCCCGCGUUCCAGGAGGCCUAUCUGCGCGAGCUGUUCAAUCGCCGGACCUCGGAGUACAACACGGAGGAGUUCAAGGCGCUGCACGCGCUGCAGCUCGACCUGCUGCUCAAGUUCGACUCCCCCGACCUGCUCUUUUUCCUCGAGACCUCGCAGGAAUACGACGUGCCCACCGCGCUGAAUCGUUGCCUGCACUCCGCGAAGCCGCGCAUCCGCGAGGCCAUCUACCUGUACUCGCGGCUGGGCGACACGUCGCGUGCGCUGCACAUGAUCGUGCAGGACCUCGGCGAUGUGGACAUGGCGCUGGAGUUCGUGCAGAAGUGGAAGGACCGCGAUCUCUGGGACGACCUCGUCAAGUACUCCAUCUCCAAACCCACCUUCGUGGGCGCGCUGCUGGACCGCGCGGGGGAGUACAUCAACGCGAUCACGCUGGUGCAGUGCAUUCCGCCGCAGAUGGAGAUCCCCCAGCUCAAGGAGAAGCUCGUCCACGUCCUCGACAACUAUUCUCUCGAGCUCGAGCUGCGGCAGGGCUGCAACACCAUUCUCACCAGCGAUAUGGCCGAGCUGUACGAGCGGCUAGUCAAGUCCAAAAUGGCCGGAAUUCGGCUCGAUCCCGACGCGCUCUGCACGAUCUGCCAGCAAGAACUCUUCCAGAUUCGGAAGGCUACGCGAACGUGCCCACCGCCAGCUGUGGUGGCGUUCCAUUGCUCGCACUUGUACCACAAAACGUGUCUGGAGCACGUGUGCGGGCGGCUGGAUAACGUGAAGGAGGGAGAGCCGGUGCAUCUGCGCUGUAUUCGAUGCGAGAGCGGGGAAUCGCAGGAAGAGAAAAGCCUGGGUUUGGGUCUGGGUCAGAGUCAUGGCCUGGGUCAGAAUCUGGGUCUGGGUCUGGGUCUGGAUACGACGGGAGGAGAACUGCAAUUCGAGCUGCAGGAAGCCGUGGAUUCGGAUUAAGUGCGCGCUUGUU